ACAUAUCGCACACCCAGAACAAUACUGAAUUAAGUCUAAAAAUCCCAAAAUCGACUUAUUUAUUUAGAACAAUAGGCAAUUUUUUUCCGCGCAUACCACUAAGACAGCCAUAUCUAUAUUUGCAAAAACAGCCAACAGAUGUCGCGCUAAGUCUCUAUUAGUGAAUUAAUAACUACCGAGUCGUACCGCGAAUAUGAAUCUAAUUCCAGUUGGGACAUGUUCGUCUAUGGAAGCAGCAUGUAGUGACGUUACGAAACAGUGAAUUAUUUCGUAAUAAUUAAGUAUUGUUAAAUGCAAGUAGAAAAUUACUCCGAAUUAUUUAGUUUUAAUACAGUGUUGGUGAAUUUCCUGUUUCUGCUGAUUUGAUAGUAUUUCUAAAUAAUACUGUAUUGGUGACGAAGAUGAUGAAGGGUCGGGGUCUAUUGUUGCUUGAAAAAGCAAUGGAAGCAACCUCAAAAGAAGCUGGGUCAACUGCUCAACAAAGAAAAAUAAAAAUUUGUGCUGAAAAUGAAGCAAAUGCAUCACCAUCAUCACUCGUGGUAUCACCAGUCACGUCAUCAGCUAUCACGGUAUCACCUAUUGCAGCAUCAGCUCUCGAGGUAUCACCUAUUGUAGCUUCAAAAAAGUCUUUAACACCUGAUAAGAGUAAUGAAAGUGAUUUUAUAGAUGAUUCGGAUACGGAUCCUACUUUUUCUAUCCAAAAAAGACAAAAAUCCCGGCCACCUGUAAUACCUAGACGAGUAUCUUCGUCUUCCUGCUCAAGUACCUCUUCAGACUCCAGCUCAUCGUCAUCAAGCUCUAGCAGCUCGAACAGUUCAUCUGAUAAUGAAUCCAAUAGACCAGGCCCAUCUGCAGCAGAUACCCAAGUUGUUUCCAUUGAACCUGCUCCAACAGACCCCAAGCCAAGAAGAAAACGAGUACGAAACCCUGCUGCCUGGAAAUCAAAGAUUGCUAAAACAUUGCGCAAUACAGGUAAAUCUUAUGUUUCUCUAUCAAACCCCACAAAAAAGAUCGCAGAACGUCGAAUCCGUCCAUCUUGUGGCGAUAAAUGUAAAUUAAAAUGCAAAACUAAAAUAAACGAAGAGGCAAGGCAGGAUAUUUUCGAAAAAUAUUGGCUUCUGGGAGAUCUAGAGAGGCAAAGAGAAUACAUUGUCAGGCACACGCAAGAAAUAAAACCAAAAUAUAGGUACAUUACUUCUCAAAAAUUAAGAGCUUUGAAUUCGGCGUAUUAUUUUGAAAUAGAUGGUGUGAAGAUUAGGGUCUGCAAAGAUUUUUUUAAGGCUACACUGAGCGUAUGUGACAGAUACAUUAAGACAGCCCUUUCAAAGAAACGAGAUGACGGUUUUAUAGACGCUGAUGCUCGUGGGAAGCAUGGAAAUCAGCGCAAAAUAGACUCUGAAGUAAAAGAUAGUGUGUUCAAUUUUAUAAACUCUAUCCCAAGAAUAGAGUCUCAUUACCUAAGAGCUCAAACCACACGAGAAUAUAUCUCAUGCGAGAAAUGCCUAGCAGACUUGUAUCGAGAUUAUAAAAACCUCAGAGAGCAAAAUAACUUACCCCCUGCAUCAGCUUCAACUUUUAGUAGGAUAUUCAAUGAGGAGUUCAACAUUUCAUUUUAUGUUCCAAAGAAGGAUCAAUGUGACCUUUGCGAAAGUUAUAAAAAUGCCGAUGGUGAAGACAAGGCUAGGUUAAGUGAAAAUUAUGAAAACCACCUGAAAGAAAAAGGACUGGCCAGAUUGGAAAAGGAGGCUGAUAAAAACAAUAAAAAUGUCGUUGUAGCAGUGUACGACCUCCAAGCAGUUAUGCAGGUUCCUAAAGGACAAGUUUCCCUGUUUUUCUAUAAAUCACGUAUUAACUGUCUUAACUUGACUGUAAGCGACUUAAAUGCAAAGGAUGUUGUUUGUUUUUUCUGGGAUGAAACCGAAGCGAAGCGUGGUGCAAAUGAGAUCGGUAGUUGUGUCCUUGCAAACAUUGAGUUGAUUCUUGCAAAAAGUGAUCCUAAUAAUGACGUGGAUAUCAUAUUCUAUAGCGACAAUUGCUGUGGGCAACAAAAAAACAAAUACUUACUAUCUGUCUAUGCUUACGCAGUUAACAAUAUGCUAAGAGUUAAUUCCAUAACACAUAAAUUUUUGAUCCGCGGACAUUCUCAAAAUGAAGGGGACAACGUCCACAGUGUAAUAGAAAAACAGAUUAAAAGACACUUAAAAUCUGGUCCUAUUUAUUGCCCACAGCAAUAUGCUACUUUAAUUCGUACUGCGAAAAAAACAGGACAGCCGUAUCAUGUAAAAGAACUUUUACACAACGACUUUUAUGACCUUAAAGUCCUUCAGGAAUCUUGGGGCAAUAAUUUCAAUGUGGAUGAGGACAAUAACCAAGUCAAGUGGAUUGACAUUAAGCAACUUCGCGUUGAAAAGCAACAUCCUUUGAAUGUCUUCUAUAAAACAUCGUACAGUGAAACUGAUUUUAAGAAAGUUUGUGUUCGAAAUCGAUCAAGGCGCUACAAAGAUCAAAACUUUUCUCCACAAUUGCUUAAAGCAUAUACAGAAAAACAACCUCUGGCUGAAAACAAAAAGAGAGAUAUAAUGGAAUUAAUUGAAAAAAAUAUUAUUCCCACUAAUUAUGUCAACUCUUAUUACAAGACAGCAUUAAAUUUAGAGUAGCACAGCACUUACAGGAAACCUAAUUUCGAUAUCUGAGUACCCUGUUGUUAUUUUAUUUUUUAUAGUAAUUUUAAGGCAGUCCAUAGAUAAUUAUUAUGUAAGUAAACCUGUGAUGUUACACUGUUGUGAUUUAAAUAAGACUUGUUAAACUAAAAAGACUUGUUAAAGUAAGUAGUAGGUAUGCUCUUAGAGUUCUUUGUACAUAGGUACAAAUAAAUAUAUAUUCUAUGUUCCUAUUAGGCUAACUUUUUAUUUAAAUAACAUCUAGUCCAGUUUUUGGAUUAUUUUAUGUGGGUAGCUAAGCCAUUAUCGCAGCCAUGUUCACGAGUGUUAGCAAAGUACCUACCACUUAAAAUAAGUACUUAAUAAGUAAGUAGGAAGUUAAAGUUUGUGCCUCGUUUUAUUACUACCUUUUGAAUCUUUAUCUUUAUCUUUGUUUUUUUUUCUUAUUUGAAUCUUUGUAUAUUUUUUGGUUUAAGAUUGUGUUUUUUUUGCUUUGAUCUAUGGGUCUCAUACGACCACAAACAUGUAAGACUGUUUUUUUUUUCAUAACAUAGCUGAUGACACUGUAACAGUGUAUAAUAAAAGUGCAUGCUGAUUAUCAUACA